AGUCCAAUCUGGCAACCCUGAUCAAAACCAUGAAAUCGUCUAGUAGAAGAAGAGAAACCAAGCCGCUUGAAUAGAAACAUGGGGGAGGCUGAAGUUGUCUCAGCAGACGAGAAACAAGUGGAUUCAGAAUCCUGUGCUGCUGAUGAGUCAGUGGUAUGGAGUCAAGAGGUGGAAGUGUGUCUCUUUCACGCGAUGUUGGGUCACAAGCCAGUCGGGGUCAAUCGUCAUUUCCACAUGAUUUGCAUACGUGAUAAAUUUAGCCAAAACAUUGGAAGGCAGGUCUCAUCAAAGGUCAUCUGGGAUCACUUGGGAACAAUGUAUGACAUGCAGGCACUGCAUGAGUCGGAAAUCCUCCCAUUUCCCAACUCUGAAAAGAGCUUUGUCCUGCCUGAGGACAUAAUACAGGAGGUCAGAGAGGGGAAAGUAGGUUCAGAGGAUGAUGUAAAGGAAGAGUUUAAAGAAGAGAGGGAUCUCUCAGCCACCCAUGAAGAAGGCAGCAACUCUUCAGUAAAGAUGACCGAGCGCUCAAGCAGUGGCCGAGAGAAGGAGAAGGAGCGGGAGAGGGAGAGGGAGAAGGGGAAUUCAGUUGAGUCAGGUGGUGGCUCCAAAGAGGCCGCCAGCGAGAAGCGGAAGCGAAAUCGGGCCACAGAAAAAACACUGAGCACCGGAAACCCAUCCAGCCCUGGCGGAGCCAAACGCCGCAGAACAUAGUGAUGGUCAGCAGGAGACAUUCGGAGGAUCUAACUCUUAUGGACUUGAGAGGCUUACAUUAGUAGGCUUAUGUUAGGCCAACCACGGUCUAGGCUAUGAUGAAAGUGAUGUGUUGUGAGGCACUGUUUCUGUGUGAAUGGAUGGUUCUCUGUUUGAGCUUUUUCAGAAGCUUGGUGUAUGAGGGAACACACAAGUGCGCACACAUACCACAGCCUCCUGAAGACUAAUCAGGACUCCAAUAGAAAGUAUAAGUAAUGGUUUGAGAAGAUCUUAAAAGCUUCCAGGUUGUGGAUCAUAGUACAGGCAAAUGUUCCUUACCUUAUUUUUUUUUCCCUGGAAAGUAAGUUUUAGGUAGUUGUUCAUAUCCCAUUUUGUACAAGUGACCUCAUGGAGUAAUGUCUGUACCUGAACAUGUUUGUUAGCAUUUUUUUGAAAAUAUCUGUGACUGCCAUGAUGGUCAGUUAGGGAUAGGGUGCUUAGUACUUAGUUCUUAGUACAGCUUGCUUAGUGAUUACAAAACAGUUCUUCUUUAAAAUACUUCUGUCAUGACUUGCUUUGGAUUUUCAGACUACAUGGCGUGUGUAACCUGAGAUGGACUCGAAUCAAGUUCCUCCAUAUCUGUUAGGUGUUUGUGAUUUUUUUUUUUUUUUUUUUUAACACCCAUCCUAAUUAAAUUUACAUUUUAAACAAACAAACAAAAAAAAAAAAUGUGAGCAAGCCUUAAAUCAGGCUUGAUGUUGCUUUGUUGUUUCUUUUAUAUAAGAAUAAAUGCCAGCCUGUGCUGGGUAAUCCUUAGAA